UCACUCAUCCACAACAUCAGGGAUAGGACACCAUGAGCCAUGAAUUUAGUGACAUGUUUGACUACUGUUCUGUUGGAAUAAUCACCCAGUUUGUCCCUAAACAAGGGGAGGUGAAGAGUGUAAAGCCGCGGCGAAGACCGAGGAAGGGCAAAGGUGGCGAAGGCGAGGCCGAGGGUGGUGCGAUGAUUAGGAAAAGAAAGCUGAGCGAGGAGCAGCUGAGUAUGCUGGAGAGGAGCUUCGGCAGCGAGCAUAAGCUGGAGACCGAGAGGAAGGACCGGCUUGCAGCGGAGCUGGGCUUGGACCCGCGCCAGGUGGCGGUGUGGUUCCAGAACCGCCGUGCUCGCUGGAAGAUUAAGAAGCUCGAGGAGGAGUUCUUCAACCUCAGGUCCAACUAUGAGUCCACUGUUGUUGAGAAAUGCCGCCUUCAGACUGAGGUGUUAAAAAUAAAGGAACAACUGAGUGGAGCGGAAAAAGAGAUACAGAGACUGUCGGAGCAUUGGGAGCGGGUGAGGGCCAACAGUCCAACUUCAUCUCUGUCUGAAUUUGGAAUCGAGUGUUUAGACAACGUGUUUUGUGUGCCGGAUACGGUUACCAAUUACGCACACGCUUUUCAAUGGGAUGAUCGUUUUUAUUACAUUGCUUAAUUAAGGUCUGAAUGUGGAUUGAAUGUAGAUAGGCACUACUUAAUUUAUGUAAAUUAAUCCUUUUCUUAAAUUCUACUACUACGGUUUAUGGGUAGCUCCGUAGCUGCCUUCCUGAA